AUGGCCAGCCAGAAACAUAAGAAGCAGGCAGCAAAAUCUGACCGAUCCAGCUUCUUUGCGAACAGAGUAUCGACUCUGAAGGCCUCAGGCCUUACAGACCCUGACCAAGAUGGCGACGGCGGGAACAACAAAACGGUGCCAUUACAGACAUCCCCUGGGCCGCAAAACCUGCCAGUGACUCAGGACUUCCUGCAGAGCUGUCUCGAGGGAAUGUCCAACAAGAUACUGGCAAAUAUACAAGGAACCCUGAGAGAGCUCCAAAGCGAUGUUCAGGAGCUAGGGCACAGAACAGCACGUAUACAGCAGCACAUGGAGGACCAGGUCUCAGCUCAUAAUGAGGUGACUGACCAGGUGCAGAGCCUACAACGACAACUGGAACUCACCCAGCGCAAGGUCAUGGCCCUGGAAGACUGCUCCAGACUCCAAGAUCUCCGAAUCAGAGGAAUACCGGAGGAGUCAAUAAAAAAGAAUGAAUAG